AUGACAUCGCCUUCCUUGCGGCUACCGGGGUGUGCGCUGCGGUCGUUUGCGAAGUCAUGCCGAACGAUGUUUCAUGAGCUGCGUGUUCCUCCGCCCGUGGCCCUGACCAUCAACCAACGCAAGGAUUGGCCAUUGACGGACUUGGAGCGGAGCCCCUUUGUGCAAAGCGGAAGUGUCAGUGGCUUGAACAGCUUGGAGCUGGCUAGGCAUGCCGAGCGACUGCUUCAGCGCAGAGCCAGAGCUCACGCGGAGGGUCGCAGGCCCGACCGUCGCGGAGAAGGCGAGUGGGCUGGGAUUGUUUCGCGCUUUGCGGAGCUUUGUUCCCAGAUGGAUGUUGACCUCUGCAUCCGGCUUCUGCGGUGCUUAGCUCGGGCCAAAUACAAAGACGGCGACACCUUACAAUCGCUGGUUCACAACUUGUCGACUGUGGGAAAGACGCCUUCCAAUCUGACGUGCUUGUCAUCGGCUCUACUUGCACUGCGUGAGGCUUUGGGCAAGGAGGAGGUGCAGGCGGUGUUUCGAAGGUUCGAAGACCGAGCCCUCGAGCACAGCAAGGAGGCCUGGGGGCUCAGUUCGCCUUUGAUGCUCGCCAAUCUGGUCGGUGCAACGUCCUUUGCGGAAGGAGAACCUGCCUGGAGCUCUGCAAGCAGUUUGCUUGUCGCAGCAGUGGCUCAGCACGCUGGCAGGAUGGGGCCCAUGCAUUUGGAAAUCUCGGCAUACUCUUGCGCUCGUCUCCGCAGGAGCUGCAAAGAUCCUGCCGGUCUCCAGCAAAUCUUGGAGGCCGCCACGGUCCUUCUAGAUCGUGGAACGAGCCGCGCCACGCGAUUCUUGCCCCGAGGCCUGCUCAACUUUUUCGUUGCCCUGGAGCGCCUGCUGGGACCGUCGAAGGUCUCUGACUUGGCACUGUCCGUUGCAAGGCGCCUGCAGCGGUGUGUGCCGGAAGACUUGGAAGGCUGCAGUGGUGGUGACAGGUACCGAUCAGCCCUCUGCUUGCUUCGAGCCUGCCGGGCAGAGUGCAGCCCUGCCCUCGUAGCAGCCGGUGCGGAGGCUCUGGCCAUCCUUUUGGCUGAGAAUCUUUCAGCUCUGCCGCCGCAUGCGAAGCGAGCUUUGGCGGCGAGGAUACACGACCUGUCUACUUGUGGUGACACGGCAGACUGGUCCAAGGCGUUAGAGGGGGGCCAGGGCCAGGGCACGCUGGCCAACUCGCUCGGCGGGCUGCUCACCUCGGCAUCCCUCGCUGCAGGUUCGGUGGCCUCCAGCUCGACAAGCGUAGCGAAGGCGCAGUUUGGUGCCAUCACAUCCUUGCUCGGCGAGGAUGAGGACGAGCCCGAGGAGCAGGUGCCCGACAAGGCCCAGGCGCAAAGCAGCCGAGCGACGGAGCCACCUGUUCCUGAUGCCGACGGACACCGAACGGACCAGGACGUCGCAGCUUCGGCAGCGACGGUGCCAGCACUAGCACAACUGCCGGACGAAGUACCCAAGGCUUCCCCGGCGCCCUCGGCCACCAGCGAGCUCGUGGCAGGCUGGAGCUUCGAGGAGGUGGCGGACGUUCCAAGGCAUGCAGUUGCCGUCACUGCAGUGGAGCCCGAGGUUGUCGAUGAGGUGCACUUUGACCAUCCAUCGACGCUGAGGUCUCCGACCGAAAGCGGCGCGACCUUGACAACGCAAGGGUCGUUGGCCACUUCCGAGGAGUAUCAUCGUGUCGAGGAAGCGGUUGAAGAGGUGGUACCGGCCCCCGAGAUCCAGCAAGCUCGGCAGACGGAGCCAGCGCUCCACACCGCGCACAUCGAGGUGCUUCCAGAUGAUCUCCUUGGGACUUCAGAGCCGCGGGAGAGCCUGGAGAACCCGGAGGCCAAUCCGCAGCUGGCGCAGAAGUGGCUCACGCCAGCUGAGCAUCAGCUGGCACCUGUCGAGUCUGUCGAGGACCUGAUCCCAGUGGAGUCGACCCGGCAGCCUACAGAUGCACAGGUCGCCCCAGCCUGGCCCGAGGAGCCCCGGCUGGAAACACCGGCGGAGCAAUCCAACGGCCACGGUAGCGAGGCCGUGGAGGUCUUCGAGGGAGCCAUGCCAGAGCCAGCGGUGCACGCGAACGGCGGACCUGACCAUGGCGGGCAGCCGGACGAACAACUUGAGGAGGCUGAGACUUUACCGGACCUCGCGGCCAACGGACGCGAGCCCCACGAAGUCCCUCAGGAAGCGCCGCCGCUAAGAGUGGAGCAGCACGGCGAGCCGAGCGAGGUGGUGCAACUGCGUGCAGACUACGAGGCGCGCUUGAUGGGUGCCGUGCAGCAAAUUGCGCACCUACAGGCCCGCAUCGAGGAACUUGAGUCCGAGUCUGCGGCAGCCAAGGACGUCGAGCUGCAGCUCUCCGAGAAGAUGGGCUGCAUGACGAUGCAGCUGACGGAGGCGCAGGCGGCACGGCAGCAGGCAGAGGCCGCCUCAGCGCAGCUGCAGCGCGAGGCCGAGCAGCUGCGGCAGGAGGCGUCCGCUGCAUCUGAGCGGGCGCGGGCGCAGGCCACUGAGGCGUCUGAUGCAGCUCUUGGGCAGGUGAGGGAAGAGAUGGAGCGCGAGCUGGAGCAUCUCCUGAAACAGAAGGAUGAGCAGCUGCGUGCCAUCGAGAGCAAGCUCGCCGCCAGCGAGCGCAGCCGGCAGAAUGCCACGAGCGGCAAAGGCCUCGGCCAAUUGCCAGAUGAGGAUACGCGAGUCAAGGAUGCAUGGAACUUUUAUCGUGAGACGCUGGGUUCGCCGCGGUUCGUGUGUGCACCUAUGGUCGGGCAGUCUGAGCUGGCUUACCGCCUCCUCUUGCGCAAAUCCGGGUGCGAUCUCUGCUACACGCCCAUGCUGCAUGCCGAAGAGUUCGCAGGCAGCUCCGAGGAGGAGAUGGUGCGGCAAGGCUUCACCACCUGCCCGGAAGACAGGCCGCUGGUGGUGCAAUUCUGCGCCAAGUCGCCAGAGGCCUUCCUGGAGGCCGCCUUGCAGGUGCAGGACAGGUGCGAUGCCGUCGAUCUGAACCUCGGCUGCCCCCAGUCGAAAGCCAUGCGAGGUGGAUGGGGCGGCGCGCUGAUGGACGAAGAAAACUGGCAUAUCGUCUACGCGAUUGUAAGACAUGCUGCCUCUUCGCCUUCGCUUCGGGUGCCCGUCACCUGCAAGAUCCGGGUGUUUGCGGAUGACCGCAAGACCGUGCGCUUUGCCAAGAUGCUGCAGGAGGCUGGUUGCUCCCUCGUCACCGUCCACGGCCGACAGCGGGACCGGGCACUGCACCACGCUCCCGCGAACUGGCAGGCUAUCCGUGCCGUGCGUGAGGCGCUGCGGCUCCCCACGGUGGCGAACGGCGGUGUCGAUGCACCUGGAGAUGCCGAGCGGUGCUUCCAGGAAACGGGCUGUGUUGCUGUAAUGGUGGCCACAGCGCUGCUACAGAACCCCGAGCUUUUCUUAGCCUCUAGUGCUCUACAAGAGCACGAUGCAGGCGACCAGUGCAAAGAAGAGCAGCCGGCUCUGCGACGGGGCGUCAGGUAUUGCCUGCACUAUUUGCGCAUCUGCGAGGAGCACCCGAGCUGGUCCCUGCGCGGGGCGCGGGACCACCUGCGAGCCCUGCUGGCGCCCGGCUGCACGCAACAAGGCAAGCUGUGCAAUGCAGACUUGCUGGAGGCCCUGGAUUCAGCGGGCACUUCACCCCGGCCGGCAUCGGCACUCGCAGUGGAACAGAAGGACUACUGGCAAGGCGUUUGCCAGGAGUUCCGAGACAUGCUAAAGUUGCUAUGUGUGCGAGAAGGCCUUUGUGCCACGGACGACCCCAACUUCGACGAGUUCUGCUGGGGCAAGACCAAGAUGGCGAACCCGAAGGCGUUGCCGGAACCAUGCCGGUCCCAGCUCGUGGUCGAAGGUGCUUCGAAGGCACAGCAGGCACUGCUGCGCCGUGCGCCGGUGAACCGGCGCUUCGCGGAAAGGCGGAGGCAGCAGGCGGCUGCACUGCAGAGCUGUCUGCAGUCGGCCUCGAAGUGGUCGAGGCCAGAGAGCGUCUAA